CUGGACUUGGCGCUGCUCCGCGUCAACCGUGCCUUUUGGAUUUUCGUGUAGUUUUCGCUCCAUAGUCCACACUCCACACCCCCCGCCUCUCUCUCUCUCUCUCUCACACACACACACACACACACAGAGUCUGUCUCUCUCUAAUCUCUAUCUAUAUACAGUAUAUUAUAGAUUCACUCUUCAGUGCAGAGAGAUUUUGGAAACCGCCUUUUAUACGCUACUAGUUUUUUCUUCCUUCUUCUUCUCCACAAAUGCUUAACGCACACACUUGAAUCGGAGCCCUAGCCUGUUCGUUUCUCCUCACAAUUCUCUUACGGUUUUUGGUCAAACUGUUCAAAAUUGCCUUCAUCUCUCGCUUUGCCUCCCGAUCGGUUUUAUUGCAUUUUGGCAGAAACCGGUCGGUCGAUCCUCGGUGCAGAUCAUUAUCAAUCAGUUCGUUCCAGGUUUCUUACUCAGUUAUGGCCAGUGAAACAAUUGCAGGCCUUUCCAACGGUAACGGCAAUGCUCAUUCUACUCCACAAAGGACUUACCAGGUUGUCGUUGCUGCGACUCGAAAUAUGGGUAUUGGUAAGGAGGGGAAGUUGCCUUGGAGACUGCCUUCAGAUCUCAAGUUCUUCAAGGGUAUCACUGGGACUACGUCAGAUCCUUCAAAAAAGAAUGCUGUUAUUAUGGGUAGAAAGACUUGGGAAAGUAUUCCUCUUGAAUAUCGCCCUCUUCCUGGCCGCCUCAAUGUUGUUCUCACACGUUCAGGGAGUUUUGACAUUGCUACAGCAGAAAAUGUUGUCAUAUGUGGAAGUUUAGCUUCUGCUCUGCAACUAUUGGCAGCCUCGCCUUAUGGUCUGUCAAUUGAGAACGUGUUUGUUAUAGGAGGUGGCGAGAUUUUCAGAGAUUCCCUAAAUGCUCAGGGGUGUGAGGCAAUCCAUAUCACUGAAAUUGAGACUGAUAUUGAAUGUGAUACUUUUAUUCCUGCUAUUGAAACCUCGGCAUUUCAACCCUGGUACUCAUCAUUUCCAGUGGUUGAAAAUAAGAUUCGCUAUUCUUUUACCACCUAUGUCCGUGUGAAGAAUUCUGGAGUAGAAACUGUUAAUCAGGCAAAUAGUGAGACUCCUGAGAUUGGUUCAGAUUCUUUUAAUGUUGAGGUUAAAGCAUUCUCCUUCUUGCCUAAAAUGAUAUUUGAGAAACAUGAAGAAUACCUGUAUCUGAGAAUGGUUGAAGAGAUCAUCUUGAAUGGCAUUCCAAAGGAUGACAGGACUGGCACUGGUACUUUGUCAAAAUUUGGUUGUCAGAUGAGGUUCAAUUUGCGUAAAUCAUUUCCCCUUCUUACAACAAAGAAAGUUUUUUGGAGAGGCGUCGUUGAAGAACUCUUGUGGUUCAUCAGUGGAUCAACAAGUGCUAAGGUCCUACAAGAGAAGGGCAUUCAUAUUUGGGAUGGCAAUGCAUCCAGAGAUUAUCUUGAUAGUAUUGGCUUGAAGGAUAGGGAAGAGGGUGAUUUGGGACCGGUAUACGGGUUUCAGUGGAGACAUUUUGGUGCCAGGUACAUUGACAUGCAUACUGACUACAGUGGUCAAGGUUUUGACCAAUUGGCUGAUGUUAUCAACAAAGUUAAAAACAAUCCAGAUGACAGACGUAUUAUUCUUUCAGCUUGGAAUCCUUCUGAUCUUAAACUGAUGGCGCUCCCACCUUGUCACAUGUUUGCUCAGUUUUAUGUAGCCAAUGGGGAGUUAUCCUGUCAGAUGUAUCAGCGAUCUGCUGAUAUGGGUCUGGGAGUGCCAUUUAACAUUGCAUCUUAUGCCUUGCUGACAUGCAUGAUAGCUCAUGUUUCUGACCUAGUUCCUGGUGAUUUUGUUCAUGUCAUUGGAGAUGCUCAUGUUUAUCGCACUCAUGUAAGACCUCUGCAAGACCAGCUUCAGAAGUUACCGAGACCUUUCCCAGUGCUGAAGAUCAAUUCACAGAAAAAGGAUAUAGAUUCCUUUGUUGCUGCAGACUUUAAACUUGUUGGUUAUGAUCCUCACCAGAAAAUAGAAAUGAAAAUGGCGAUAUGAAGUGCCAUAGAUUUUGUCCUGGAAUUCUGCGGCUCUUAAGAUAUGUUGCUCAUAUUUUGAGCUUUUUUGGUUCAGCUUCAUUUGUGUGUGCCCGAGCAGAUACCGAAAGAGGGUGGGAGAUUGUAUAUUGCUACUAAGAUAAGUUUAUUCUGGGUCUCAUCGCAUAGAUGGGGCGGAGGUUGCUAGAUGAACAAUGAUGGAUCAUGGAAUGCAAGUGCGCAAAGAUCACAAGUUAAAGUGGAGAGGUAUAGGAUAUCAAGAUUUUAAAAUUAGUAAUACCACAUUGACAAACAAGGACACGUUGAUUUUCAAGACAAUGAAGUUUGCUCAGAGUAUGAAGGACUGUUCAUCUAAAGAAGACUGCUGGUACAUGAAUUUGGAGAUUUCAAAGAUUACUUAUUUACCCCACAAGAAAUUUAUGGAGAUUUAUAACAUGAUGGGACAAGACUAUAAUUUGAAGACAUGGCUAUGGACUCAAGGAGAGUUGAAUACACGAAUUGCGGCGUUUGAAUUGCAGAAGAAAAUUGGGAUCAAGAAGAUGAGAUUUGAAGCUAGUGAAAUUAAGGACACGUGUUCGAUUUGUUGUGAAGAAUUUUUAGAAGGUUGUAUUGUUUAUUGUAUUAAUCAGUGUUCCCAUGUCUACCAUGAAGUUUGUAUUUUAGAAUGGCUUUUAAGGAGGAAUUGGUCUUGUCCCUA